UAGUAUUCCACCUAUAUGACUUCGUAUCCUAGAUAUGAAGUCAAGCCUCGCUACCUUGGCAUGGGAAACUGAACUAUAAAUAUUCCCUCCCACAACGGAGGCAAUUAUCCAUCCCAUCUUUAUAUUUCUCUGUCCUAAUUCCCAAAUAGCCACCACCACCACCACCAAAAUGGCACCCUCAGUCCUCUCAUCACAAAACACCACCCCAACAAUCACCAAAAAACAACCCCUCCAACCCCUGGAUGCCUCCAAACUAACCUACACCUACACCACUACCCCCCGCAAUGUCCCCUCCGAAGCAACAGCCAACGCUAGCGACGAAACAAUCUGCACUGACCACAUGAUAACCGCAACCUGGACCUCCACGACGGGCUGGUCCACCCCGGAACUAAAACCCUACGGCCCCCUAACCCUCAUGCCAACAGCUUCCUGCCUCCACUACGCCACCGAAUGCUUCGAAGGCCUAAAAGCCUACCGCGGCCAUGACGGCAACCUCCGCAUCUUCCGCCCAGACCGCAACGCCGCCCGCCUGAACCUUUCCGCUGGCCGCAUCUCCCUGCCCCAAGCCGACCCGGACGGGAUCACAAAGCUCAUCCUCGCCCUGCUCGAAGUCGACGGCGCAAAAUGGCUCCCCAGGGACAGACCCGGGAGCUUUCUGUACCUGCGUCCGACGCUCAUCGGCACACAGCCGACGAUCGGGCUUAUGGCGCCUAAGCAAGCGAUGUUGUAUAUUCUGUUGAGCUUCUUUCCGAGGCAGGAUAUGCCGGAGGGUGGGAUGAGGCUAUUGACGUCGCCGGAGGAUACGGUGCGGUCUUGGGUUGGGGGGUUUGGGUUUGCGAAGGUUGGGGCGAAUUAUGGGCCUUCGGUGCUGGCGAGUCAGGACGCUAUGGAGAAAGGGUUUCAUCAGGUUCUUUGGUUGUAUGGUGAGGAAGGGGAAUGUACGGAGGCUGGGGGAAGCAAUUUCUUUGUGGUUUGGCGGCGGAAGGACGGCAAGAAGGAGAUUGUGACUGCGCCGUUGGAUGAUCGGCUUAUUUUGGAUGGUGUUACCCGGCGCAGCUGUUUGGAGCUUGCAAGGGAGAGAUUGGGGGGUGAGUUUGAGGUCACAGAGCGUAAGUAUACGAUUGGUGAGGUAAUUGAGUCUGAGGCUGAGGGUCGGUUGCUGGAGGCCUUUGCGGCUGGGACUGCUUGGUUUAUUACCCCUGUGUCGGCUAUCCGGCAUCGAGAGAAUAAUAUUGCUGUUCCUACGGGGCCGAAUGGUACACCUGGUGAGGUUACUGGGAAGAUCAAGAGCUGGCUUAGCGAUAUCAUGUUUGGCCGGACCGAGCAUGAAUGGGGUGUUGUGGUCUCUGAGAGAGAAAGCAAUUGAAUGAAUUUCUUCUACUAUUCAUGGAAGAUGUUGAUCUAAGUUACUAUCAUGCUUUCUUAUUCUUGUAUUUGAACAGCCGUUCAUAGUUCUACUAAAUAGAGUACACUUUCCAAGGGGAAAGGCAUGGCUAAGUCUGUUGGCAAUUAUCCUGCAAGGGCGGUAUAUCCGUCAUAUGGUCAUAACGCUGCGGCACCAUUCCAUGUUAAAGUAAAAUCAAAGCUUUUCGAGUUUUAUUCCUAGGGAUUUCUCUUGCUUCCAGAUGUGGAUGUAUUUGAAGAAACCCUGCAGCUUUAUACACUGGGAUACAAGUGCCCUAAUGUGUCUACCCCCAACAAGGACAUGAUCAAUAAUAAUAUG